UUCUCAUUCUCAGGAAUGUCACUAGACAUUAGACUGUUAGUGCUGCACUCGAGUUUAUAUGUAGCAAGCUGACAGCACUUGAGGAGAUGAUGCACGAGUUGGUCAUGAGAGGUGAAGGAGGAGGAGCAGGUGCUGCACACAGACUGGUAGGCUCCCUCUGUGAGCCUGAAUGCUGUGGAGACGAUUACAAUAAGCAACGUUUCUCUUUUUCUCUGUUUGGAAAUUUGCACAUGCAUUGCUAAAUGGCGGAGGAAGUUUUAACCGAGCCAUACGGAAAAAUUAGAAAGCAUUUAACCUCGACCCUGCUAGCAGCAGCACUGCUCUCGUCUUUUGGCAGCUCCAUGCUCUAUGGCUAUAACCUAGCUGUAGUCAAUUCUCCUGCUCAGUAUAUAAAGGACUUUUAUAACCGCACUGCAGUGAGGCGUAAUGGGAGCGGUCUGAGCAACGAAAGCAUCACAAUGCUUUACUCCAUUACCGUGUCCAUUUUCGCCAUUGGUGGACUGGUAGGCUCUCUCACUGUGGGAAUGCUAGUCACCAAAUUCGGAAGAAGAGGGACAUUGGUGAAGAGCACAGUUCUAGUGUUUGUAGCUGGUGGACUCAUGGGCUUUAGCAGGCAUAUUGGCAUUCCUGAGAUGAUCAUCAUCGGUCGCUUCAUCACAGGAAUACAUUCAGGGAUCUCUCUUAGUGUAGUGCCCAUGUUCCUGGGAGAAAUUGCUCCAAAAAACCUCCGGGGUUUCCUGGGCCUUGUGCCUAGCAUCUUCAUCUGUAUUGGAGUUUUCAUUGCUCAAAUUCUGGGACUUCAUGAAGUCCUGGGAAAGGAAGAGCACUGGCCUCUUUUCCUCUCUCUGGUUGUGAUUCCAACCUUUAUUCAACUAAUGCUAUUGCCAUGGUUUCCUGAGAGCCCUCGUUACUUGUUGAUUGAUAAACAUAAUAUUCAUGCCACUCUCAAAGCUCUGAGGUGGUACAGAGCAAAAGCUAAUAUCCAGGCGGAAGUGGAGGAGAUGCAGAAGGAACAGCGCUCACUCUCUUCAGUGCAGACCAUCUCAGUGUAUGAGCUGCUAAGAGACAAAGCCGUACGCUGGCAGGUCAUAUCAGUCAUGGUCAUCAACAUGGGCAUGCAGCUGUCUGGCAUUGAUGCGAUUUGGUUCUAUACAAACGCCAUCUUCGAGAAUGCGGGAAUCUCAGUCUCACAGGUUCAGUACACAACAGUUGGCACAGGUGCCAUUGAGGUCAUUGCUGGACUCAUUGGGUGCUUUACUAUUGAGCGAGUAGGUCGCAGGCCUCUGAUGAUUGGCGGAUUCAGCUUUAUGGGCAUUUGCUGUGCAGGCAUCACCCUUUCCCUUGUUCUGCAGGCUCACGUGCCCUUCAUGCACUAUGUCAGUGUGGCCUGUGUGGUGGGCAUCAUUGCAGGAUUCUGCAUUGGGCCUGCUGGAGUGCCCUUCCUCAUGACAGGUGAGCUGUUUAAGCAGUCUCACCGACCUUCGGCUUACAUCAUUGGGGGUGCGCUCAACUGGUUAUCUAACUUCACUGUCGGAUUUGUCUUUCCAUUCCUACAGAUGUCAGCAGGGGCUUUCUGUUACCUGGUGUUCUUCGGCAUUUGUGUGGGCGUGGCAGCCUACGUCUACUUCGUCAUCCCUGAGACAAAGAACAAGACAUUUGUGGAGAUCAGCCAGAUGUUCGCUUCGAGGAACAACUGUGAGCUUGAGGGUGAACAGCUUCCAAUCACUGAGCAUCUUGGCCUAAGGAUGAAGAACAGAUAUGGAGCAAUGGAGAAGAAGGGAAAAGAGGACAUGUACAUGUGGAGUGAUGACGAGUGUGUGAGCUGAUAUAGAAAUGAAAAACAGAGUUUUGUUAUAUUUUCCUCAUGUGAGUUAUUUGGUGCUGAACAAUCUACACAUUCUCAUGUGAAAAUACUAUUAACUGAGCAGAUCCUGUGAGACCCAUCAUACUACACUGUACCAUAACAACACCUAGGCCCUGGCAUAUUCCUCAACAACUUUGGUUGGAUAGUUAAUCUGAGAAGAUACAGGUCAUCCCAAAGGCCUUAAGACAUCUGAGAUAGAUUUACUUGGAUAUGCGAAAUAAUUCAAUGCUUAUCUGCCAUUAUUAAUAUUAGUUCACUAAAAUAUAAGGUUGCCUGAUCAACAAAAUAAAUAGGAAAAUUUACAAUUUCUAUUUAAAAUCAGGCACAUUGAUUAACAUUUCCAAUUUUCCUAUUGGAAAUAGGAAUUCCUAUAUGCUUAAAUUGUCUCAGAUAAUGACUCAUAUUCAUUAGCUUCCUCACAGUCCUGCAAUUUGUAGCCUAUUUCAUGCUAAACUGCAGGAGAUUGUAUGUAUUAUGAACAGGUGUUUAUAUAAAAAAAAACUCAACUAUGAAACAUUAACUAGGCUAUGUCUAUAUUGAAAUAUUUGUGAUAUGUUUAGUGAUACUGAGGCUUGUUGGUUGGUACUGUAAUUUCAUUAUUCCCAUCAGAAGUUAGUCUUGAUGUUGCUGAUGUCAUAGGGGACAUUGCUAGUGAAGUUAAAAUGUUGUUAAAUAGGAGUAAAAAUUUAAUAGUCAGGUCUCACUGUUUGCUCCUAAAAAGAAAAGUGCAAGAGUUUAUUUUCUCACUCACUAUUUUCCAGUGACUAAAGGACUAAAAUGCUGCUGCAUUGCUCUCUUUAUUUAGGGGCUAAAUCCCACUGGCACCACUUUCAGGAGGUAGUCUUACAGCAUUGUGCAUGAUGUAUGAAACUGUUAAAUAAAGGUAACAUAGACCAACAUGACUAAAUGUCAGCUCAGAAUUUAAUUAAAAAAUAAAUCUUUUGCACCAAUGAAGAUCACGUAUUGAUAAAUAUUGAUAUCCAAAUCAUUUAGUGUGGAAUUUUUUCCUUUAAGGAUUUGAAUGUUUUAUCCCUCUACUUAGUAAUCUAUCAGCAAACCAACGGAUUAUACCAAUAUAAUUUAUAAGCUCACUCAAUGCUUUGUAUUUGUCUUCUAUGCCAAGCACAAUUAACCUUUUGUCCUCCAAUGUCAAUUUAAGUUUUCAGCUUUCCUCUUCUAUGCACAAAUCCUUGACCCUGUAAAAUGUGCAUAGUGAAUUUUUAUGUAUGGAAUUUUAUUAUUUAUGAAAAGACAUGCAACCUGUUGUUCUAGCCUUGUACAUUUAACAUUGGACAUUUUCCUGCCUGUUCAUAAAGCCUUACUUGUAAAUUGCCAAUGGAAGAUCUUAAACUGACAGUUGACAUUUUAUUCUCCUUUUUUAUUAGGGAGUACUUUAUUGUUAUUUUUUGAGUACAGUCUGUGGCUACAUUGAUAGUCUUUGCAUCCAGCACAACAAACUUUUAAAGACUUGAAACAAUGUAUAUUCAGGAAAUAUAUAGCAUCUCCACUAAUAAGUUUGCUUUUUUUAACAGUAAUGCUUUACAUUAAGAUUCCCUCAACUAACAUUAUUUACAGCAUUAGAUAACAUGAACAAAUGUCAGCAUGAAUGAAUGGUUGUCAACAUUAUUAAAGCAUAAGUAAUAUAAUACAUGUAUUAAUUGGCCUGCGUUUCAAUGUUAACUAAAUAUACCUGCAUAUACUAAUGUUUAUUCAGUGCAUGACUAAAAACUAUACUACGCAUGUACUACAAUACUACAAUACAAUGCGUGAUUAAAGCAAUACUAAAUAUUGAAAACUUACUGAACUCUGGUCUCCAAGUGCAAAUAUUAAAACGUGCUUUUCAGCCUCAGUUCUGAAAUCAAUUAAUAGUGUUAGUUACUUUUAAUUAAGUGUUAGUUAUCUUGUUACUUUUACUGAUGGUAUGGAUGUUCACGUUAACUAAUAUGUUUAAUAAUAUCAUUUAAGGGAACCUUAUCGUACAGUGGUACCUUUUUAACUAUAUAAAAUAUUUCUCUUAUUUACUGAAAGCAGUAGGGAUUUUAAUUACAUAUGGAAGAUCUUGGUACUUGAGUCAAUGAAAAAAAAUGCUUUUGUUGCUGUACUAACACGCAUGUUUGUAAGUCGCUCUGGACAAGCGCCUCUGCAAAAUGCUGUAAAUGUAAAAUGUAAAUGUGUGUUAGGAGCGUACUUGGGUUAUCCUUUGAAUGAAAUAUACAAUGUUACAAUAACACAAAUGCUGUGAGAAAUGGAUAUUCAGAAUAUUUUACAUUUUAUACAACGUUUCAAGCAAAUACAAAAAAAAAAUCUUGUGUGUGUAGACUGGUACCGUAAAGCCUGAAAUAUAUUGUAUUAUUGUAUUUAAAAAUACAAUUAUAAAUGUAUUUAUAAAACGCUGGUGUGGGAAGGUGUAGAGGAAAACUGGGGAGACAGUCGGAAUUUUAGCGGACCUCUGGGCUCGUGUUUAUUCAGUGUGUGCUUUUCAGCGCCCUUUCAAAACUCAACAGAAAACCAAUCGCAACUUUAGCUC